AUGGAUGCUUUUCUUGCUGUAUGCAGGCGAUCAUGGCUGGUAGAUAGUAACCGCAUUGCAACAAAAAUUAAAAGUGCAUCGGCUGGUUCUGACCCUCGGCAAGUGGUGUGGAAUAGCAAUCCUACAAGGCAUUGUCCCAACUGUCAUCACGUCAUUGACAACAACGAUGAAGUUGAUGAUUGGCCUGGAUUGCCUCGAGGUGUGAAAUUUGAUCCAUCUGAUCCAGAGAUCAUAUGGCAUUUGUUAGCAAAAUCUGGUUUAUUGGGUCUAAGUUCCCACCCGUUCAUUGAUGAGUUCAUCCCAACUGUCAAUCAAGAUGAUGGAAUUUGUUACACCCAUCCUAAGAAUUUACCAGGUGUUAAGCACGAUGGAACCGUGUCCCACUUCUUCCAUAGAGCAAUCAAAGCUUAUAACACAGGAACUCGAAAGCGUAGAAAGAUUCACGACGACGAUUUUGGCGAUGUGCGCUGGCAUAAGACGGGAAGAACUAAACCAGUUGUGCUGGAUGGUGUUCAAAGAGGUUGCAAGAAGAUAAUGGUUCUCUAUGGUGGGAAAGCCGUGAAAACAAACUGGGUGAUGCACCAGUAUCACUUGGGAACAGACGAAGAUGAGAAGGAGGGUGACUACGUUGUUUCUAAGAUAUUCUACCAGCAGCCACAGCAGCAAGUUAURGCCAAGCAAGGUGAUAAAGGUGAACAGGAAGUCUCUGAAGAUAUCUUCUCUGCAAUGACUACUCCGAAAGCGGAUCCUGUCACUCCAAAACUGUUUACACCCGAUCCUCCACAUGCUGUGCGCCUGUGCUCUGCUUCUCACUUUGCCGAUGACUAUGCUGCUCCGCAUGACUAUGUAACUGCCCAUGAGGUUUCUCUUGCUGAGACAUCCGAGGCAAUGUACAUAGAAGAUGAGGUCCAAGGGAUUCAACGUAAUCAUGAAAGACCAAGUUCCGAGGAUGAGCCUGAGCCUGAGCCCGGGAUUGAAAACCGAGUAAGUGAAAUGACAGAUGGUAAUGGAGACAAAGAGAAGGAUAAGGAUGAUGAAAACCAAGGUGAGGAAGAUCCGAAUUGGUUGGACAGUGGAUCUCAGUUUAUCUUGGACUCGCAACAGCUGGUGGAAGCCCUGUCUCUGUGUGAUGAUCUCUUGCAAGAGGGAUCACAGGACAGAGACGAAAACACAAACAAUGGUGGAGGUUUAAGGAACAAGCAACCAAGUUUUGCUGAUUACGCACACCUAGGAACAGAAGACUUCAAACGGGAUCUUGAGGAUUGUCAGAAAAUCGUUCUUGAUCCCUCCAACAUAGACCUCGAUACUCCACCUGAGUUUCGUCUGAGCCAGCUGGAAUUUGGAUCACAGGAGAGCUUUCUGGCUUGGGGCACUGGAAAGACUGACUGA